AUGAAUCUUCUGAGAUCAAGCAAGAGCAUACAGAUAGAAGCAUUCCAUGUUUUCAAGCUGUUUGUGGCGAACCAAAACAAGCCUGCAGAUAUAGCCAACAUUCUGGUGGAAAACAAGAGCAAGCUUUUGAGAGUGUUGGCGGAAUUGAAACCAGACAAAGAGGAUGAGAGGUUUGAAGCAGACAAAAGUCAGGUCUUGAGAGAAAUUGCAGCCCUUGAGCCGCAAGAUCUUGCUUGA